UCUUCCGAUUCUUCGUUAAUGCUGCCGGCUACGCGAGCAUCGUGGUCCCGGGAUUCCUCCUCAUCCAGUACUUCAAGAGAAGGAAUUACCUGGAGACGGGCCGAGGCAUUUGCUUCCCUGUCAUUAAAUCAUGCGUGUUCGGCUCCGAGGUGAAGUCUGUGCACCAGGACGAUGGCUCCCUGCCGCCCCGAGUGGAGCCCACAGAAUCCUCUACAGCCCGACAGGUCUUCAAGCUGCUCUUCUGCGCUGCUGGUCUACAGGCCUCCUACCUCACGUGGGGCGUCCUCCAGGAGCGGGUGAUGACGAGGACGUACGGUGCCACGGAGACGGACCCCGGUGAGAAGUUCAAGGACUCCCAGUUCCUGGUGUUCAUGAACCGCAUCCUGGCCUUCACGGUGGCGGGGCUCUACUGCGCCCUGACCAAGCAGCCACGCCACGGGGCUCCUAUGUACAAAUACUCCUUUGCCUCCCUCUCCAACGUCCUCAGCAGCUGGUGCCAGUACGAGGCGCUCAAAUACAUCAGCUUCCCCACCCAAGUGCUGGCCAAGGCCUCCAAAGUGAUCCCAGUGAUGAUGAUGGGCAAACUGGUGUCGCGCAAGAGUUACGAGUACUGGGAGUACCUGACUGCUGCCCUCAUCUCCGUGGGGGUCAGCAUGUUCCUGCUCUCCAGUGCUCCCAACAGGCACGUGUCCACUGUCACCACUUUCUCAGGCGUAGUCCUCCUGGCCGGCUACAUCCUCUUUGACAGCUUCACCUCCAACUGGCAGGACGCCCUCUUCACCUACAAGAUGUCUCCCGUGCAGAUGAUGUUCGGUGUCAACGUCUUCUCCUGCCUCUUCACGGUGGGCUCGCUCCUGGAGCAGGGUGCCUUGCUGGAGUCGGUACGCUUCAUGGCCCGCCACUCGGAGUUCACGGCCCACGCCGUGCUGCUCUCGGUGUGCUCGGCCUGCGGCCAGCUCUUCAUCUUCUACACCAUCAACCAGUUCGGGGCAGCCGUCUUCACCAUCAUCAUGACGCUCCGCCAGGCCUUCGCCAUCCUCCUCUCCUGCCUCAUCUACGGGCACACCGUCACGGUGGUGGGUGGGCUGGGCGUAGCGGUGGUCUUCGUGGCCCUCUUCCUCCGCGUCUACGCCCGCAGCCGCAUGAAGAAGCGCAGUAAGAAGCUCCCACCAGGCGAGACCCCCGUACAAAAGGUCUAAGGAGCUGGGGGCCGGGGCAUUUGAGCCCAUGCCUGCUGUCCUGCCUCCGCUCGGGGGUCCUUGCUUGAUUUCUCAGAACACACUGAGGAGCAGGGUGGGGUAUGGAUAGGCUGGACCAGUGACUGACUGUUCCACCUGCUUUUCCUGGGGAAAGGGCUGGAACAAGCCCAGGGAAUGCUCCCAGGCUGCCACAGCUCCAAACCUUUCUGUUUGCCUUAAUGGGUCAAAGACUUCCAGCCGAGGCACGGGCCUGGGGGGAAAACCAGCAUGGGGCUGCUGGUACUCCUGCCCCACCUUUGUCUUGUGGCUUCUCUACAAAGUCACUGAGGGAGCCUCUUUUCCCUGACACCGUCUUGCCUCUGGCUAACGUUUCUCCAUCUCUGUCACUA